AUGACAUCAAAACCCACAUCAGCUAAGGUGCCUGGGGCAUCCCACCCCUCAGAACACUCACCAACCAACAAACUUGAUAACCCCCCUCAUAAAGAGCACGGCCACUCAAGGCGUAGCCGAGAAUUCCGGUUCAAAGAUGGCAGCCGCCCCCACCGCAAACGAACCCACCGUCACCGAUCACGCACUCGCGACAGUGACAGCUCCAAGCGGCGGCGUCGCGAGCAGGAACAACCAGAGCCCGCACCCGAAACCCCUUUCAAUUCGACUAGAGACACCUUCCGGGAAUCUCUCUUCGAUGCGCUCGGCGACGACGAAGGAGCUGCGUACUGGGAAUCCGUCUACGGCCAGCCUAUCCAUAACUACCGCGUACCGGAGGUACAGCGGGGUCCGGAGGGCGAACUGGAGCAGAUGACGGAGGAAGAGUACGUGGACUACGUGCGCCAGCGAAUGUGGGAACGGACGCGAGAAGGCAUGCUCGCAGAGCAGGAGCGGCUACGUGCUGAGCGGAUGCAGAAAAAGAAGGAGGAAGCUCAGAGACAGGCGCAGUCGGGGAGGGAGGAGUUUGAGCGCGCGAUGGACGAGAGUCUGCGGCGAGGGGCUGAGCGAAAAAGGGCUAAGGUCGGGUGGAGUGCGCCCUGGGCUGCUUAUCUCGAGAGUUGGGAGACUAUCGGGAAGGCUGCGGAGGGGUCUGCUCCUAAGCCCCUGCGCAGUCUGCUCUUCUGGCCUGUUCGCUCUGGGAAGAGGGCUGAUGUCCGGCCUCAGGCUGUUGAGGAGUUCAUGCGUCAUGCCCCGGCCCCGGCGGAGUUACUUAGCACGCUCAAGGCGGAGCGGAUUCGCUGGCAUCCUGAUAAGAUCCAGCAUCGGUAUGGUGCGCUGGGGAUUGAUGAUGUGGUCAUGCGCAGCGUCACGGAGGUCUUUCAGAUUGUGGACCGUAUGUGGAAUGAGGAGAGGGAGCGACAGAAGUGA